AUGUCCACCGACCAAGACUCGGUUCGGUACGGCUCGAGCCCAGUGGCCAGCAUGGCCGACAGCCACCACCAUCAACAAAGAAGUGCCAAGCGACUGCGUCUCUCGGUCGCCUGCAACCGCUGCCGCGCUCGCAAGGUACGCUGUGACGCGGGUCUGCCCAAGUGUCGCAACUGCAUAACCCGGAACGAGGUAUGCGAGACAACCGACUUGCGGAACCCCGGAGGUCCCGCCCCGGCUGUCAGGCAGCUAGCACCGUCAAAAUCCGACAGAAACUCGGCCCCGGGGGUUGAGGGUACUGCAGAUCAGGAAUCGGACUCGGACCGGAACCUGAGAAGUACUGCUUCCGACUUCACUGCACCUCGGACCGCCGCCGAAUCUACAAGCCGGCCAGCAACGGUUCCGCAUGUUAUCAAUCCAGUAGCUGCUCACUCGGCACCCGGUGCCAGGGCUAGGGGCGCACGAGGUUCAGUAUCCUAUAAUCGCAAGACCAAAACUCCCCAGUCUGCCGGGCAGUCUGGCUCCAAGCCAAACACUUUCUCCUGGCUACAAAGAGCAUAUCAUGCCAACGCCACAGUAGACAGCCCGCCUGACGGAAGAAACGGCAACACUGCCCCGGUCGUUGAUGGUCCUUCCCCAGAUCUGGUUGUCAACACUGACGGCACGCCUCACAAGAUCAAGUUCAUGGGCGGCAGCAGCCUUCAGUGUCUCUGCCGAUUUGUCGACCUCUACUUGGCCAGGCUGGGGCUGGAUCCAGCCAGUACACAGUUCAGGCAUGGCAUGCAGCGCAGCGAGGAGUUCGAACUGCCGCUGGAGUCACCACUGCCAGACUUGCCACCACCAGAAGAAUGUCAGAAGUACGUGGACGCCUUCUUCGACCGGCUGUGGCCAAUGUUCCCCGUGGUCGAUAAAAGUUAUGUUCAGGACUUCGUCGACAAAGCACAAGCUCUGAAGCUGCAGGUUCCUGGAGUCAAGUUACGGGAACAUGCCACUACCAAAAAGGCACCGAAGCUCUGCAUUGCAUAUGCCAUUAUCGCCAUCGGUGCCGAUGAGAUCAACAACAGAAGCUCCAAGACCGGCGCCACAUAUCUGACUGCCGCAUAUUGGCUGUACGCCCACCUGAUAGCGAACCCGCACUUGGAGAGCGUGCAGGCAAUGUUUCUCAUCGCGCUCGCCCUGCGCGGUCAGAAUCGCGAUGGGCAAUCCUGGCACAUCAUUGGCCACACUAUCCGGACCGCGCACUCCAUCGGUCUGCAUCAAUACAUCACCGACUUUCCCGUAGCCCAGGAGGGUCAGGACACCAACGUCAGCAACAUCAAGUCACUCCGACGGCGGGUGUGGUGGUCCUGCUUUGCCCUUGAGAAGCUCAUGCAGCUAGAAUCCGGCCGCCCAUCCGUCAUCAGCAGCGAUUUGGACGACCCUGACCUACGCCAGACCAGCUCCUCGAGCAGGAACAGUGCGUACGGCGAUUCUACACAUGGUGGCACUAGCGGCAAUCAGGAUCAUUUCACGGCCUGGGUCGCCCUCGCGCAGAUAAUCGGUAGGAUAUCCCACCACAUAUACUGCCGAAAGUCUGUGGGUUCGUGGCACCUCCUCAGUGAGACGGCUCGUCUGGACCAAGCGCUAGCCGACUGGCAGCGGUCGCUGCCAGAUAAUCUCAGACUGUCCAACAUCAGCGGCAGCGAGCUCUUUGUAGGACACCAUGAUCCAUUGCAUCAACACCUCUCUGGAUUUCUUUGGCAACAGUUCUGCCAUGCACAAAUCGCCCUGUUUCGCGCAGCACUCGUCUUCCCCCCGAGCAGCUUCGAACAGGAAGUCACCAAGUACAGCGACAGCCUCCCCUCGGCCGCACGCCUCCUCAACAGCUCCAACCUCUGCGCCGAGGCCGCCCGCAAAGCCAUCACCACGACCAUGUAUCUGGCCGACCACGGUAUCCACUCGACCCUCCUCGGGCCCAACCCGCCUUUCCUCGGCGCCAUCGUCCUGGCCUUGUGCAUCCUCCGCCAGCCGACAAGGCGGCUGGCGAGGGCAGAUUUGGAGCUGCUGAGGUCGGCGACCCUGUACGCCGAGGACGUGUACGCAUCUUGGGGCUACAGCGAGGAGUUCAUCCGCGGCUGCUCGUUGUUGAGGGAGCGUGUGCAGACCGUGCUGGAUCAGCUGCCCGAGUCCCCCUCCGCCGGCAACCGGCGACCGAGCACGACAACACGCCAAGAUCCACCCACAGAACAGCCCGCUGUUGCUUGCUCGGCUUCGACGUUGCAAAGCGACCCGGGCGGCACUACCAUCAUGGGCAGCAGCUUGAACAGCUGUAACACGGAGCAGCCACAGCCGGAAGGUAGAGAGGCGGCUGAAACAACUAACGGCUACGAUUGCGGGUUCAACAACGAGCUUCAUGAUCACCAUCGUCAAGACCAAGCGCUACUGGAUCCCUUGCUGCAGCCGUUUGAGGGCAUACAGUUUGAGGAUAUCUGGGCCAUGGUGGGAUCGGACUUUAUGGUUGACCAUGACCAUCUAGUGUUUGCGCCACUGUAG